ACCCCAUGGCCCGGGAGCUGACGCCUCACGCCACACAGAGACGCAGCACUCGGCGACUCAGCUGCCGCCGCCCCCCGCCACGCCGCAACCGCAGGCCGCCGCGGCUCCGCCCACCGGCCAAGGGGGCUGCAGCACACAGCAGCACGGCGAGUCGGCGUCGACCAACCCACGACCCCACGCGGCCACAGCUUGGCCCCCAAGCAAUUUAUUUGUAGCUCCGCCACUGCUCAGAAGCCUGUGUUCCCGGCCACGCCUCGCCCACUCGCGCUGGGUGUGCCUCGGAGAUGGCCGACGCGUCAUUUUUCGAUAGGAUGGUUUCCCAGCUCCGGUCCACAUCCAAGUACUACACUGGAUAUCCCAAGGAUCUAGGUCCAUCAAGAAUCAUACCGUUCACAUCAGAGCGUCAGUUUGUGCAGCUAUUACAUGAAGGACGGCCUGUAGUUGUGGCCUUUACUAUUAAGUGCACUUAUACACAACAUCUUGACAAAGUACUGGAGGAAGCUGCUGCUACAUUUUAUCCUCAUAUAAAGUUUGUUCGGGUGGAAUGCCCAAAGUAUCCUGGGUUUUGCCUCACGAGGCAAAAGACUGAGUACCCAUUUCUUGAAGUAUUUUACAACCCAGAACAGGCUGCUAACCCAGGAAAGAUCGUGGACCCGAGCAUCACGAAAUACUCCGCAAAAGUCCUACCUUUCAACUAUGACCAGAGCGUGUAUGGAUUCCGGGAGUAUUUUAAGAAGUAUGGGUUCAAGUAUUCCGAGACAAACUAGGUCUGUCAUCAUGAAGCCCUGCAGAGUUAGCCAGUCGGACUGGCAUGAUGAGGCCUAGUUAUUAAAUUUACUUUCAGCAUGUACCAGCAGUGAUGCUGUAUAUGUAUCAGCACUCACUGCAUAUUGGCUCUGCUUUGGUGGUUGAAAAUAUGGCCAAGCUGUUAGCUAGGUUUCUGGUACGCUCAAGAUUCUAGUAGAAUUUCUGAAUGUUGCAUGUUGUUCUUUGUCGAAUCUCUGAACUGCAUUUUCAGACUCAGUAUUAAUAAAAGGACAACGCUAACGCCCACACGUGUGGUGGGAGCGAAACUCGCCCACACACCCUGUAGUACA